AUGGCGGAAGUAAGCCUGCGGACCGGAAGUGGGAACCCUGCUUGCGGUGAUGACGUUCCGUGCUCACCUGUCAAUCAUGAGACGUCGGACGUUGGUUACGAACACAACGUACCUGACAAGAGCGCAAAGAACCCGAAUCCUAUGUAUAAACAACAAAGCAACUUUGAGGCAGAAGGCGUUUGUAAUCCGAAUCCGAUGUACCUGCGACAAGCUCCGAUGUCAACACCAAACGUUCGUGCUGAAGCCACUGAAGGCAAUCCCUGCAUUCGCCCAUGUACAUCUACACAGCAGGAUGAAAACAACGUACCGGACAAGACCGCUAGGAACCCGAAUCCUAUGUACAAGCAUAGCAGCAUGAACUCCGAUAGGGUUGAGGCAGAAAGCAUCCGGAACCCGAAUACCAUGUACCCACAACAAGUCCCGAUGUCCACGCCAAACGUUCACGCUGAAGCCACUGAAGUCAAUCCUUGCAUCCAACCAUGUGCAUCUACGUCUACACAACAGAAAGCAGUUAAACCCUCUUGCAGACUAUCAAAUACCUGCACCGAGCCACGUGCUACCACAUGCCAUGAUGAUGAUGGUGUUGAUGAUGAUGUAAAAGAUGCUGUUGCUGAUCCCAUGGGACAGACAGCUGAUGCUUUGGUCGAGGAUUCCGAUAUUGAACCAUAUGCUGUUGCAUACAUGGACCAACAUGGCGUGGUCUUUGAGAAAAAUUCAAGUCAGGCACAACCAAAACCGUCUACAAGCAUCAGUGACGAUAUCCCGAGAUGCCAUCAGUCCACAAAUGAUGAUGAUAAUGAUGAUGAUGAUGGCACAACAAAAGCUAGACAUGUUCACAAUAUGCCGCAUAUGCAUGCACAGAAUGCCGCGAUCCAGAGAUCAUCGUUAGCACAAAACGCUCUGCUUCCGAAUCCAAUGUACGGACAAAACGCCCUGAAUCCAAACCCCAUGUACGUGCCAAAUGUUCCCCAAGAAAGGGGGUGUACAUGUACAUAUCGCCGGGUGUGCGUUGCUUUAGUGGCAGCUAUCGUUCUAGUCCUGGUGACGUUCUGUGGGACCCUUGCCGGUAUAUACACGCACUUCAAUCAAAACCAAAAGAUGAGUUCUUUCAAUAGCUCUCUUGGUGAAGAAACGAGUACAAAAAUCACGUUUGGCGAAAGAGGAUCAGAGCCUGGAAAAUUCAGGGAUCCCCGCGGAGUAGCGCUGUCUUCUGACGAGAUAUUCGUGUCUGAUAUGAAGAACAAACGAGUUCAAGUCUUCAGCAUGGCUGGAGAGUUUCUCCGCCUCUUUUCUACGGUAUUGCCCGGUGCAGUUGGAGAUGACAUCUUACCGGGCGAUGUCGCUAUUGACGGUGAUGGUCUAGUGUGGGUAGUGGGGCGACAUUACAUCGGUGAAGAUGAAGUUACAUAUGUGGUACAAUACGAUAGAUAUGGUCUGCCUCUGACCAUGUUUGACGUACCGUGCUGGACUUGGUACCCAAAUAUCGCUGUUGAUCCAAACAACAACAAGAUUAUCGUGGACACCUCGGGUGAGAUGUGGAUGUUCCACACGAACGGCACGUUCGAACGGCGAUUUGGAGAAGAAGAAGACUUAGAAAUUGAAUAUGUCGCGACAAACAAAGAUGGCGGCGUCCUUGUCACGAAUAUUCGGUCCCGCGAUGUCUACUUGUACACGGGCUCUGGAAGUUUGCAGUUCAAAUUUGGAAGCCGUGGCAAGGCUGAAGGUACAUUCGGUUUUCCCCGGGGUAUCUGUACGGACAGUUCGGGUAACAUCAUCGUGGCGAACCAGGGAAACUCGCGGGUGGACAUGUUCACCAGCCGGGGGGAGUUUGUCCGCACCGGCGUUAGUAACUUCCCAAACCCGUUCGGUAUUGCUCUGGGACCGGACGGACAGUUGGCUGUAACUAAUGUAUUUAGACACAGCAUAACCAUCUUUCCGAGACGUAUGGUAUUUCCGUAA